AUGCAGAGCGGCAAUAACUUAAAUGAAGCUGGGCUGGUCUUAUCGAAAAAAAGGAAAAUAAUAAAAAAACAUAAGCAACGUCAUAAACCAAAAACUUUUCUUUGUCAGGCCUGCCCAAAAACAUUUAAGGGGUCAUGUGCCCUAAAAAAUCAUGAGCUCUGUCACAAUGAGAAUCGGGAAAGAUUUCCGUGCGACAUCUGUAACCAAAGCUUUUUAACUCCGUAUACAUACAAAAAACACAGGCUAACGCACGAAACCAACCGCAAACCAAUAUAUCAAUGUGCUCAGUGUGAAAAAUCAUUUCUUCAUAAAAAUGGUCUAACAAUCCACGAGCUCCAUCAUAAGGGAGCUACGAUAGAAUGCCAAGUUUGUCAAAAACGUUAUGUGCGGCAAAUAGACCUAGAUGUUCAUUUACGCACUCAUUCUGGAGAAUCGCCAUUUGUGUGUCACCUUUGUGGAAAAUCUUUCAUCCACAAACGUAUUUUAAAUAGGCACAUGCAGUACCAUGGAUAUUUCAGUUACAAGUGCGUGAUUUGUGGUUCUAAAUUCUCCAAAUAUGAUCAAUACUAUAAUCAUCGCAUGCAACACACUGGAUUACCUUAUAAAUGUGGCGUUUGUGAAAAGCAGUUUCCAGAUGCUUACAAGAUUAAGCGUCAUAUAAGAGGUGUGCACAAUUCCCACGACAGCCGGGGAAAACCCAAGAAUGCGGCUCAAAUCGCAACGUUGCUGGAAUUCAUGGAGAGCAAUCCAGACAUAGCCCAAGGCCAUACAAAGGGUGACCGGGGUAUACCUGAAACAACAUCAUUUGGGGUGGAUGAGACGGUUGACCUCCAGGUGGAAGUGCUCGAUCUAACCAAGGAAGAAAUGAUGCCCUCAACAUCUACGGCCUCUAAACGACCACAUAAUGAUGUAAUUCAGGCGUCAACACCUAAAAAGAAAAAAGAAAUGUCGUUGCAGGUAAAACUUAAUUGA